CCAGAAGCGUAUAAAUACAGGAAUCACGCCUUACAUUUUACACACUGUAUUGAAUUCAGAGCCACACCCCAGUGAAGAAUCAGCAACUAAACCACCAAGAUGAGCAAUGAGGAGUUGAAAAUUGUGCCCUUCAAGGCAGGAAUGCAACUGCAGGUCAGAGGAGUCCCCAAACACGGGUGCGAUCGUUUCUCGAUCAAUGUGGGCCAUUCCAAAGAUAACGUUGCGCUGCACUUUGACGUACGCUUCAGCUAUGCCGGUGACCAACGAGUAAUCGUCCUGAACACCAGGAAGGAUGGGCAGUGGCAAAACGGAGUGAAAGACUGGAACUUCCCUUUCGAUUGGGGGCAGCAGUUUAAGGUGACCAUUACCUUGGCUUAUGACAGAUUUAGUAUUAAUAUACACAAUGGCGAUGUGUUGGAGUUCCCCAACCGUCUGGGUGACAAACAAUAUGAUUCCAUAUGGUUCUAUGGAGACGUCUUACUCAAUGGCCUAUCUAUGGCAUAAAAACCAAACAGGAGGUGCUAGCCAGCCCCUUUCUGGCUCCCGAUUGGCUGAUCUGUUUCUGCAUCCUCCCAGACAUCAGUGCCUUUAAUCCUCUGCAACAUUUAACUGACCCCCUCUGGCGUCUGUCCAAACUCACUGAGUAUGAGAAUCAGUACAGCUUCAAUAAUAAAUCUCUGUCAUGAGCAAAUCUA